ACACAAUAACAGAACUGUUUUUUAUUGUCAAACCACGCGUGCGGCGUGAAACGUGUGUUGCGAUUCUAACAAAUGUUGAUUUGCACGAAUGAAAGCGAUAAAACGAAUCGAAAGGAAAUCUCUCGAGGGUUUAUACAAUUGCAUUCAACUUUUUAUAUAUUAUGUAUAAUAGUAGCUGGACCAAGUUAAUUAAAAGUAACGACAGUUACAAAUGUGAGCCUAGCGCGAAUGUCGGGAGGGAACGUUGCACAGCUAGGCUCAGUUUUGUACAAGUGUCUUUCGCUCCCGACGAGGAAUCCCUGAUUGUAGUCGACACCAAAGGAUACUUGUACUACAUUGAAUUGCCCGAAGAUGUUCCACGUUACAAAAUACUGGGAAACAUCGGCCGGCCCACCCUCCUGGCAUUUAAUCCUGUGUGCACGGAGGAAAUACUGAUAGGACUCGAUACCGGUGACAUGAAGCUUUGGAAGCUUCACACGGACACGAGUCAGUUUGAUUUGUUGUCCGGCCACAAGCUAGCACCGACGCACGUUUCCUUUUACAAGCGUCAUUGUCUAACGAGCUCUCGAAAUGAGGUGAUAAUAUGGGAUCUAAAAUGUUGUAACAAGGCUCAUCAACUGAAAGUUAGGGUCCAGAACACGAUCAAGAAAGCCGCCUUCUCAAACGUUGGCCAUAUCGUUGUGCUGUAUCACAACGACACUAUGCAGGUCUGGACGUUAGGACAGUUGCAUAAGGAUACGAAAAUUGAUACAAAGAUAUUUGGAAUACGUUUUAGCAAAGAUUUCAUCUUCACGAAAGAUGGCAGAGCCAUGAUAGUCAGUGGCACAAGAGGCAUAAGCAUUCUCAAUACAUACGAUUGGAGUCUGCUAAAGAAAUUGUGCUUACCUAAUAAUCUUGUCGAGGCAAAGCAAUUGUCUGUCGUUCCACGUCCAUUAGACGGUGGAGCGAAUAAGAUCCUUGCAUUUCUAUCAUCGAAAUGUACUCUUCAGCUCUGCGACUUGGACGCGUUAACGUUUCUCGAGAUACCCAGCCAUGUCGGUAGGAUUAAAAAAUUUGCAAUUUCGUCUACUGGUCGAUAUAUAACUUAUAUAGAUCACGAAGGAUGUUUAUACAUAAUGCAGACGGAUAAAGUAAUUUCGAAAAAAAGAAUUCAACCCGACAGCAGAUUGUUGAAAGCGUGUAGAGUACGUGCGCACACAACAAGUGAUCACUUGGAAUGCGUUAGACAAAGCACGAAGCGAGAAUUAAACGUGAAACGAUUGAUGCCUAUUUUGAAAGAAUUUGGAGAAUAUCCGGAGAAAUAUCGUACAUUAAUUUGGUCCACUAUUUUAAAAUUGCCAGCUAAUAGAACUGCAUACGUAUCCUUGGCAAGCAAAGUAACACGUGGAAGAUUUGCGUUGGAUACUCUAAGAAGUCUUCCCUUGGCAGACAAAGGCAAAGCGUCGUUGUUGGCCAUGACAAUAGACUGCUUGUUGCAAUGGUGCCCUCUGCUGAUUCAGAGUCCGUUUCUUCCCAAUUUAAUUUUUCCAUUUCUUACGGUAUUUCAGAAAGAUCCUUUGCUCGCCUUUGAGUUAAUUUUAAGUAUACUGCUAAACUAUUGCCAAAAGUGGUUCGAAUACCAUCCCUUGCCACCAUUGAAUAUUUUGGGGAUUGUUGAGAAUAUUCUCCUAGAGACUGACCCCGUGCUGUUGAACAUCUUUUGCGAGCGUGGAAUCACAAGUAGCGAAUAUGCGUGGCCACUGCUUCAAACUGCGAUGAGCGAAGUGUUGUCGGGGGACGAGUGGUUGAUUUUGUGGGAUCAUCUAAUAUCUAUUCAAAAACCUUCCUUCUUAUUGAUGUGCGUCGUUGCAUAUAAUAUUUGUUUGAGAGACAGCGUAAUCUCUUUAAUAAAGUCAUCUGGAGAUAUCAAAGUGUUUUACAGCACUCAAAGUCAUAUUAGAGCCAAAGAUUUGUUAAAGAUUGCAAGAAAAAUAGACGAGGAGAUACCAAAACGAAUGCAUCCUAAUCGUUACCUGAGAGAUAAACUAUUGGAAUUAAAUCAUAGUGGACCUUAUCCUUUAUUUAUAUCGAAAGAAUAUCCAAAAUUGCUUACCGAAAAUUUCAGCGUUGCCGAUUUGGAAAAAUUAAAGAUGCAAAAACACAAUUUGCAAGAAUGUAAUCGUAGUAUUGCAGAUUUUGAAAAAAGAAGAUUACAUGCAGAGACUGAGGCUUUUGCGAGGCAAAUUCAUGAAAGCAGACUAAAUGAGGUACGAAAAUGUUUUCAACAACAUAUUAGUAAUUUAAAGUGGCAACUGCUAUCAAAUGCAGAAAAAGAAAAAUGUUAUCAUCACUUGUAUAAAGAUUCUGAUUCUGAAAUGAAACAGGAAUGUAAUAAAUGCAACAUUUCAGAGGAUAUAACUUGCAAUUUUGAAGAUGCUAAUUCGAGAAAUUAUAAAAAGUUGCAGCAAGAUAUAACAUAUCUCGAAUAUCAAGUACAAAGUUUGUUAGAGUCACUGAGAUUCCAUAAAUAAGAUAUAGGUU